UCUUAACACAUUCAGAAGAGGAAGAAAUUUAUUGCUUUAAAAACAUAUUUUUGACAUUGCCUAAAAGAAAUGUCAAAUCGCGUGAGAAUAAUUCUUCUUACUUUAGCUCUUUUCAUAGGUGCUAUAACGGCUGACAGAGCACAUCCAAGGCCUCGCUUACACGGACGUCAGGUGCAUGCAAUCAAAAAUGUUGAUGAGCUAACAAAUCAAUUUUGGAAUGAAAAAGCCCAAGCGAUCUUGGCUGAAAGAUUGCAGCACUCAGAGACAGUGAAGACCAAUCAUGCAAAGAACAUAAUAAUGUUUUUAGGUGAUGGAAUGUCUGUGCAUACAAUAACCGCUGCACGAAACUUAAUGGGUGAUAGUGCAGAGCAAGUUUAUUUUGAAAAGUUCCCUUAUGUCGGGCUAUCGAAAACAUAUUGCGUAGAUCGACAAGUUGCUGAUUCUGCUUGUACAGCCACUGCAUAUUUGGGUGGUGUGAAAGCUAACUAUGGUACAAUUGGUGUUAAUGCCAAUGUUAGGCGUUACAAUUGUACUGAAGCACAAAAUCCCGCAAAUUUCGUUGAGAGUAUAGCGAAAUGGGCACAAGAUGCAGACAAAGAUACUGGUUUCGUUACAACAUCUAGAGUAACGCAUGCUUCUCCCGGUGGUGUAUAUGCUCACACUGCAAAUCGAAAUUGGGAAAAUGAUGCUGAAAUACUCUCAAGCGGUUGCAGUGCUGUAGAUAAUGUAGAUAUUGCACGCCAAUUAGUCGAGUGGUCUGUUGGUAAGAAACUUAAAGUUAUUAUGGGUGGCGGACGUCGCAACUUUUUGAAUACAACAGUCAAUGAUGAAGAAGGUCUGCCAGGCUUACGCAGUGAUGGUCGCAAUUUAAUUAAAACUUGGUUACAAGACAAAACCUCUCGCAAUAUAAAAGCUAAUUAUGUUUGGAGCAAGAAGGGUUUAAGUAAAGUGGAUCUAUCAAAAACAGAGUAUUUGCUGGGUUUGUUUAGUAAUUCACAUUGUCCAUAUCAUGGAGAUCUUAAACGUAGUCGGCUUACAAAUGCAAAACCAUCCUUGUCGGAAAUGACAGAAGCGGCUAUUAAAGUCUUACAAAAGAAUAAUAAAGGAUUUUUCCUGUUUGUGGAGGGUGCACGCAUCGAUAUGGCACAUCACGACACGCGAGCAAGAAAAUCAUUGGAAGACACUGUAGAAUUUGCUGAGGCUAUAAAAAAAGCACGUGAAAUGACCUCAACAGAUGAUACGUUAAUUGUAGUAACUUCCGAUCAUUCACACACAAUGACAAUUAAUGGUUAUCCGUAUCGCGACCAAGAUAUUACAGGAUUGGCCGAUGAUGUUGCAGAUGAUGGAUUACCUUAUACAAUAUUAUCAUAUGCUAAUGGACCUGGUUUUUAUAGCACUUACUCUAAUGAUCAUGGACGAAAUGAAAUUACCGAAAAACUCACCGCUGAUGCUAAAUUCGAAUAUUUAGCUUCAGUUCCAUUAUCUUCAGAAACCCAUGGUGGUGACGAUGUUGGCGUUUUUGCAUCUGGACCUUAUGCUCAAUACUUUAGUGGCAACUAUGAACAGAGUAAUAUACCUGCAAUGAUGGCAAGAGCUGCCAAUAUUGGACCAUUUGCUGAUGUCUAACUGUUGAUAUAUAUAAAACUUACGAUUAUUAUUUAUUCUUAUUAAU